AUGGACGGCGUUGAUCAGGAUGUGGUCAACUUGUCGCCUCUGCCUCCCAUCACUCAGCGGUUGAAAGGCUUGCGCCCUUCAAAGGAGCUGCUGGAGUUUUAUCGGCAGAAGCUGGCCGAGUUUGACGCAGAACACUCCUCUAUGUUGGGCAAGCUGGACAAGUACAAGCAAGCAUGCAGUGACAAGAACAAGUUGCAGUGGGAGAUGGCGCAGAGGGAACAGGAGAUUGUCGAAUUGCAAAAGGCGCUCAGUGAUAUGCAGGUGUACCUCUUCCAGGAGCGAGAACACGUGCUGCGGCUCUAUGCUGAGAACGACCGGCUGAAACUGCAAGAAGUGGAGGACCGAAAGAAGAUCAAGAAACUGCUUGCCAUGUCACAGCCGCUGGAGCACGAGACAACUUACUUCCAGGACCCCAGCCGUUCAAGGCCGGUUGUCGCACGGGGAAAAGCGGCAGAGACAGCCAUUGUGAUAUGGGUUGCUCACCGUCGUGUACCUGCCAAUUGUUACAUCAACCAACAAGCAGAGGAUGUCGAUUUGGGCAUGGAGGACAAAGUGCAAACGCUCAUGCUCACGAUUGAAGCCCUCAAGGCACAGCUGGAAGAUCAGGCCCGCGUCUCUAGAGAAGAGACGACGGCUCUGAUGGAAGACAGGCGCGUGCGUGAGGAGGAGAUGCGCAUCAAGGCACAGCGCGACGCCAGCAAGAUUGAAGAGCUCACACACAAGGUUCAAGAUUUGCAAGACCUCUUGUAUGACAGCACCAGGGACUACCUCGAGCUGAAAUAUGAACACAGAAACGCGCUGCGGGACAGCGAGGAAGAGAAGGAGCGAUUGUUGAAGAGGAUUGAAGAGCUCAAGGAUGACAUUGACAUGUAUCAGGCAGAGGCCUUGCAGGCCUUGCAAGAGCGCCUCAAAGCUGUCCCAGCCAAGACGUGCGUAUGUGUGUGUGUCAAGGAAUACCGAGACAUGGGCACCAACGCGUACAGGCCCGGUGGACGGCCUGAUCUUGCACACCGGGAGGGCGACGCCGCCUCCUCUGACGCGCCAAGCUCGCACGCACGGCUGUCCAGGCGUGUACGUGCCUUUGCGCCGUCCGAGCCGUCGACAGCUGGCGAUGCGACGAGCGUGGAUACGGCGGUCACGCGGGAGAGCGAGUACACAAAGCAAAAGGAGGUCAUGCAGGAAACGCUCGCCGACAUGUACCGCGAACAGUGCAUUCAGCUGGAGGACGAGUUGUGCAGACUGAAGGAAGAACGUGAGGCGGCGAAGAAAUACGAGAACAAAAAGGCAAAGUCUCAGUCGAAGCGGGCCGACAUGUGGAAGGCGCGAUAUCACGAGUUGGAGCGCAGGCGGGCGCUGGAGGUUGAAGGGUACAAGACAGACAUCAAGAUGCUGCGCACAAAGAUGAAGGACCUGGAGAAGAGCAUGUACAAGCUCGUUCUUCAUGGCAGCCAGAACGACGACCAGCACUCGCAUAUGAUGCAGGACAUUCGAAAGGCCACCGCACGCACCAGCAAGAUGGUCGGCAGUCUCCAGAACUUGAAGGGCCGCAUCUACCAGUUGGAGCACGACGUACACCGUGCCUGA